AUGCUGCGCAGUCGUGCCCUCCUCUCGCACAUCAUCUCGCAACUACGGCCUGGAGCCGAUCUGAGUCGUGUCGUCCUCCCUACCUUCAUUCUCGAACCCCGCAGCAUGCUCGAGCGCAUCACAAACUUCAUGUGCCACCCCGAAAUGCUACUCCAUAUUCCAACCAUAGAUGACCCUGUCGAGCGUUUCGUAUCUGUAGUCAAGUUUUACCUCAGUGGAUGGCACAUUCGUCCUCCAGGCGUCAAGAAGCCUCUAAACCCGAUCCUUGGCGAAAUCUUCACCUGCUACUGGGACUUUGAGGGCAACAAGCGCGCAUACUACAUCUCGGAACAAACGUCGCACCAUCCUCCCAAGUCGAGCUAUUUCUACAUGGCCCCUGAGCAUCACAUUCGAAUUGAUGGCACCCUCAAACCCCGAAGUCGAUUUCUCGGAAACUCUGCCGCUAGUUUGAUGGAGGGAAUUGCGUUCUUGAGCCUACUCAACCGUGGUAAAGAUCCUUCAAGGGGAGAGCAAUAUAUCCUGACUCAACCCAACAUGUAUGCUCGAGGAAUCCUGUUCGGCAAGAUGAAGUACGAACUCGGAGACCACAGCUUUGUCCGAUGUCCUGAGCUUGACCUGGUUGCCGAUGUUGAUUUCAAGACAAAGGGCUGGGUUGGUGGCACAUACAACGCGAUUGGAGGUGUAAUCAAGAGAGAAAGCACUGGCGAAGUCUUGUUUGAGCUGUCUGGACUGUGGAGCGAAGAGAUGUACAUCAAGGAUAUGAUAACUGGUUACCGAGAAAUGUUCUUCAAUGCUAUUCGAUCAAAGCCCUCACCACCAACCGUACGACCGAUUGCGGAGCAAGAAGAGCGAGAGUCACAGCGACUUUGGGAAAAGACAGCCAAGGCUGUCAAGGAGCGAAAUCACGAGGUUGCCACAGAUGAAAAGACCAAGAUCGAGGACCGGCAACGCGAGGAGGCCGCUCAUCGAGCACAGGAAAACGUCGAGUGGCACCCGCGAUUAUUCAGAAGGGUUCAUGGUGGCCCUGGAGGUCUAGAGGAGGGCGAAGAAGACCUGGAAUGGGUCAUCAACGCAACCAUUGACCAUACCCUGAGCCCAGAUAAGCAAGCCGAGCAGAUCAUGGCCAUUUACCCGAUUGUCAAAGGCCAAAAGCCAGACCAACGGCACAUGAUCCCACCUCACAGCCCUUCUGCGAAGCCCAUCAAGACACACGAGACCAAGCCGGUCGAGAACCACAUCGACGACAACUUGAUUGAUUUUGACGAUACGCCUGCACCUGCACCUGCGCCCGUGCCCGCCGCUGUGCCAGUACCUGCGAAACCAGCUCCCGCUGAGCCCGUGGCAAAACAGUCCGAGAUUCAGACUCUUCUCACUUCGACUGGCAAGCCGGCUGACGGACCCCUGAUUGACUUUACCAACGACCUAAAGAAGGGACUACCAUCCACGACACAGCAAUAAAACAAGGGGACGAAUUUCGAUUAUCUCUUAGAUGCGGCAAGACGACGGCGACAACUGGUUUUGUUUUUGAAAGAAUUGGAUUAGGACGGAGACAGGGGCAGGCUAUUAUCAACAUCGGCGCGAAACAGGAUUAGUUAUACAGGGAUACCAUUGUACAUAUCUCAUCAUCAGUGGGUUUACAAUGAGUAGCAAGGCUUCAACACCAGCCCUCGCUAAAAAGGUGACAGCAAAAAUAUGCGUGGACUCGCAAACGUCCAUGAACCCUUGUAGGGAAAUUACUAUGACAAAACCCCAGUCCCAUAACGCCGUGACCGUACCACCCUUUCAAUGUUUCGUUUCCUUAUCACCAUCACUCCGGAUGUGGUUCCCAUCCCAACCAUCUAGUAUCGUCGCCUCGUAGGCUCGGGCGUAGGGGAGCGGCUCACGCUCUUCUCAUCGCGACCGCGUUGCUUGAGCCACUUCUUUGUGCUAAGCUGCAGGUCGCGAUCCAGCUCCUCGCUGGGGUUCUUGCGGUGGAUAAAGUUGCAGAAGCCGCCACGGACGCAACCUUCGCCUGAGUUAAGGCGACAGCAGGCCUCGCGGAAAUCGGUAACGGGGCUGAGCUCGCAGUAAAUGGGUCGCGCGGCAUACCAGCGGCUAUUAAGCUCGUCGCAGGCCUUUUGGGCGGAUUCCUCGUACUUGAAACGGGCGUAGACAUUGCCGAUGAGGUGGUCAUUAUUGUUGUCGCAGACAACGAGCUCCUCAAGCUCGCCGUACUUGCAAAGCUCGCACCAGAUAUCCUCGUAGAAGGCGUCAAAGUGGUUCUGGAGCUGGGACUGGUUCAUUCGGUUCUUGGGGUCGUAUGCCGGGUUCUGGUAAAGGUUGGGCAUGAGAAUCGUCUGACUGUACGACGGCUUGACGUGCUUUCGAGAGCAGCGAUCACCGUGACGGCACGCGCCGAUUUUAAAGUAGAAUGAGCAGUUGACCUUGUCAAGCUCUGUGCCGAAAAUGGAGGCGAGGAAGUUGGCCAUGAUUGCGAAUACUGUAGAGGAAGAGCCAAGGACGAAGAGGC